AAUCAAAAUCAAAAGCGCGUUUUGCGUCCACGUGAUUACAGUCUAGCCGCUUCGGCCAAAGCCGGACGUUUUGACUUUUCCUUCCAAGUUGUAAAACGUUGCCUUUGCAAAUCAUGUCUUUCACUCGCCUUACCCUUCGCAGUGUGACUCGUGCACGACCCGUGCUUGCGUCGUCCUCGAGACAGACCUGGGUAUUUCGUGCGAACUACUCGGCGGCAGCAGCAGGGUUGUCGAAGGAAACCAUACAGACACGCGUACUGGACGUACUAAAGGGCUUCGAGAAAGUGGACGCAGCCAAGCUCACAACUUCGUCUUCAUUCACGGAUCAUCUCGGGCUUGACAGCUUAGAUGCGGUUGAGGUGGUUAUGGCGGUAGAGGAGGAGUUUGCCAUUGAGAUUCCGGAUGCGGAAGCCGAUGAGAUAAAAACCGUACAGCAAGCUAUCGACUAUAUUGCAAAGACACCAGAAGCUCAGUGAAGGAUUGGUAGCACAGCCAUUAGCCAGCUCCUUUACGCGCCCCCACUCAUUUAUACAACUGCAUUUUUUUUCUAUAACCGUAUGAAACAAUGUUGUGAAGCAAUGUUGUCUGGACUCUGCACGUCAAUUGACUUGUGAUCAACAUGUUUGAUGAUGACUGG